AGAGAGAGAGAGAGAGAGAGAGAGGGAGAGAGAGGGAGAGCGCAUCCUCCGAGAGCGAAGAAGAAGAGUUUGAACCCCACGAAGACCGUCAGUCCUUCACUUCCACCGAGCCCGAUCGCGACCUCCCGCCGCUUCUCCCCUCGACGCCCGCGGGACAGCAUGCCCUCACCUUUCGCAUCCGUGGUCUGAUCUCGAUUCGUCUCUCCCCAUUUUUCCCCCCCUUCCCACUCGGCAAGAUGAUCGCCUGGUCCAUCACCGUCUCCGUCGUCUUCCUCGCCUCCACGAUUCCCACCGGAGCCGCGCGGUCGAAGUCGAACCUGACGUGCUACCAGUGCAAGGUGGAGAAGAACGAAGAGUGCGGGAAGGAAUACCUCCUCCCGUGCCUACCAGCCAACCAGCCCUACGACGUCUGCAAGACCUCCGUCAGGAAGACAGCCGGGAAGCAGGAGACGAUCGAGAAGGAGUGCGCGAUCGGGCCGUGCAGCCUGGCCCAAGUCGGUCUGAAGCUCGACGAUCACCACUGCGACCGAACGCGAGAGGAAUACACGUGCGUCUACUGCUGCAAGGAGAACGGAUGCAACUGGACCAGCGGCUCCACGGGGAGGCGGGCGGGGGCGCUGCUGCCGAUGCUCCUCUUGCUCUUCGCGGUCGGUCCCGGAAGCGAUCGCGAUCGAACUCUCGAGCGGUAUGAGAACGUCGAGGACACUCUGCGGGAGCAUCGUGGGGAAUGCGAUAUCGAGUUCGGCUCCAAGGAAGCAGAUGAACUCCUGGUUCGGACGCACGGAGGCGCGUGA